AGUGCUUUACCGCAGUAUCACUACAUUUCUGCACCACUCAUCAAAACUCUGCGGCAUGCAGGCUAUAGCUCGAGGGGAGGGCACUUAUUAGGUCUGUCCUGGAUGCUCCCUCUCAUCAGACCGGCCUCUCUACAGUUUUUUACUUUCAUUUCCAACCAUCUGUUUAGCACUGAGCGUCUGAGUUCAUCAUUUCUAAUUUUUGGCUUCUUUUUUGUUUUUUGUUACCGGUGUCAGGGGCAAUUGUUGCAACCUCUAGUGUAGAGCAAUUGCAACGCAACUUUUGUAGGUUAAAAAAACAACAAAACUAAUUUAGAACAGAAUGGCAAAGGAUGGAGAGAAAAGCGAAUGGAAGGAGUGUGUUUGGAACCCAAGGACCAGGGAGUUUCUGGGCAGAACGGCGAGCAGCUGGGGUCUCAUCAUCCUCUUCUAUAUAGUUUUCUACCUCUUCCUGGCGGGCCUUUUUGCUCUCACCAUGUACAUCAUGCUGCAGACCCUGGAUGACCACAAACCCACCUGGCAGGACCGCCUUUCUACACCAGGUUUAGUGAUCAGGCCCCAUCAUGAACCUCAGGAAACCAACGAUAUCAUUUACACCAUUCAGAAAACUGAGAGCUGGGACAAGUUCCCUCAGAAGCUAGAUGAGUUCCUGUCAUCCUACAACGACUCCAUCCAGGCCCAGAAAAACCACGAGUGCACCCCGGAGCAGUACUUUCUGCAGGAGGACAGCGGCGAGGUGAAGAAUAACCCGAAGCGCUCCUGUCAGUUCAACCGCACCAUUCUGGAGGAAUGCUCCGGACUCCAGGACCGUAGCUAUGGAUACCAGGAGGGCAAGCCGUGCAUCAUCAUCAAGCUGAAUCGGGUGAUUGGUAUGCUGCCAGGAAAGGAUGGACAGCCUCCGUCUGUCACCUGUGGUGCAAAGAAAUACAAAGUUGGCAAGGACGAAUGGAGAGACGACUCUGACAAAAUUGGGGAGAUGCUUUACUUUCCUUCCAACGGCACCUUCGAUCUGAUGUACUACCCUUACUAUGGAAAGAAAGCUCAGGUGAAUUACUCACAGCCUUUGGUCGCCGUCAAGUUCCUUAACAUCACCGUCAAUCAAGACGUCAACAUUGAGUGCAAGAUAAACUCCAACAACAUCCCCAUUGGAAAUGAAAGAGACAAGUUUGCUGGUAGAGUGUCUUUCAGGCUGAGGAUCAACUCCGACAAAUAGUCUGCACCUCCCCUACAAAACCCAGAAUUUUUCUCCCCCUCUCUCAUCGUCUGCAAACAGACAGAAAAAUAAAAACCGCAGCAUUCACACCCCUCCUGCGUGUCGAUUGCACCCUCCUUUAGCACGAGCACGAGAGGGUGGAAAUGCUGCGGUCAGUUCUGUCAGUGAGCUUUCAAAAUGUUUAUUUUCUGUAAAUUAGUUUGAGGUGACCUCUAUUUAUACUGCAUGAUAAACUAGGGGAUAUAAACAGGACGUGCUUUUGUUUUUUGUUUUCAGUAUUUGCAAGCAAUCUCACCACGUUUGCAGUGUUUGCUGCUCACCUCCCGCUGCUUCCUUCGGGUAUUCCUCUAUAUAUCUGAAUAUACACAAUCUACAAUACAAGAAAGUGUAUAUCUACAGUAUUAUAUGACAUCAUAACCUUAUAUCGGUCUGUCUAUUUUGUUGCACUUGAAAGAAUAGCCCAACAAACCUGCAUAUAUCUCCGUAGAUGGAUGGAGAGAUGAAGCCAUUUGCAUGUGUGUGCUGUCUUAAGUGUGCUUUUAAAAGGUGCACUGUGUCCCACCUCUCUGCUCUAGUUAAUGUUAGGUGACUGACCACCAGGAAGGACCACAACACAAGCUUUAAGCCUCAGUGCAUAUUUCCAAAAAAGAUUAAGCUUGUUUUUUUAUGUUUUCUGUUAGAGUGUAUGUGCGUGUGCAUUUCAUUUCCAUAUUCCAUCUCUUAUUGUAGGUCGGGAAGUUGCAUGCAAUGUGCAAUAUUCAUUAAGAGGCAUUCAUUAUGAAUGCAUGUAUCCAUUCAUCAGAUGGCUCUCCUGUGGCAUAUCAUUUACCCUGAAUGUUUAAACUUUGAACCCAGAGCAGCUGCUGAUAAAACAAACAGGAACAUUUUUCUGUGAUGUUUAAACACGGACACAUUUAUCAUAAAACAAUAAAAAGGAUUCCCAACAUGCAGGGUUUUUCUAGAAAAGACAUGAGUUUUUUUUUUGGACAACAUUUAUUCAUUUUUCUUUCCUCUCACUGUACAGUGUCAUUUCUGAAGGUAAACCCAAAGCUAUAUGUCUUGUAGAUUCAUUGUUUAUUUAGUCAUUAAAACAUUAUUAUUUAUUUUUCUCUUUCUCUCAUGUUUCUCUCAUCCAUCUAUUUCCUUUAAACCGGGAAUAGAUGUCAUUGUCACAUUUUUUAUUGUUUUGCACUUGAAAUGUGCUUUUUAUUCCUUCUUUUGUGAAGCUGAAUUCAUUUAAUAAAAGCACUUGCAGUUUUUGGAGGAGGA